AUGGAAAUGGCUGGCAAAGGGUUGUGUCACAAGGAGCGUGUUUGCCUUGGGUUGUGGAAACUUCGGCUGGCGCUGCUCAGCCCCCUCCUAACAGCUCCUUUUCCUUUUCUGCAGCUGCCGAUUCGAUGUCCUGACGUGUGAGCGUGUGAGCGUGGUUUUCAGGCCGCCCUAUGGCGUGGACGUGGUUGUGUGCCUCGUGGUCCAGAUCAAGUGCUCUUUGCUGUGAGUAAGAUGCAUCCCGGGUCGCUGGGCAGAUUUGGGAGACCCUUUGUUACCGAGAGUUGCAAAGACAAAACCGCAAAAGCCUUUGCGCCUGCUCUGCCCGGCUGCUCGCGCACGGCAGGACUCUCCCCUUGGCUGUGAGCUCUGUGGUUUGAGGACAGGGGGGUGCUGAUCUCUUGGCACCCCCUUCCCGUCCAAAAAAGCUCUUGCUGUUCCCUUGGCGCCUGCUGGGCGUAAGGGGCCAGUCUGUUCUGGCUGGGUGGGAAAGGGAACCCCAGAGGUGAAAAGGGGCAGAUCAACAAAGGCAAACCCGGCCUUCACCAGGGAAGUGAAGGAACAUCUCUACACGCCAAGAUGAAAUAUGCAGGAGAAUGAGUGAAAGGAAUAUAUGGCCUGGCUCAUGACAUCCUCUGUCUUGCAUUUAAGAGCGCUAAAGAAAAAUCGGAUGGGAGGGUGGCUCUCCAGAUGAUUUGUCAUUUCACAUCAUCCCCUGACAGCAUGGCUAAGGGCACAUAGGAACAUCGGGAGCUGCUUUUUGCCUGGUCAUCUAACUGCAUGCUGUUUGCGCUCUGGAUGGACCUUCAUAAUAUGGCCAUCGUUCUCUUCUUUCUCUUUCUCUUAAGGUCUUUCUUUUCUUUUCGUUCUUUCUUUCUGCCUUUGUUCUUUCCCCCCGAUUAAGUAGCUGUUUUGAUUCCUUAUAUUAUAAAAAGAUACUUUGCUGUGGGUUUGUAUUUUUGUAUAUCUUUGAAUAAGUAUCUCUAGCUAUAUCUAUCUAUCUAUCAUCUAUCUAUCUAUCUAUCUAUCUAUCUAUCAUCUAUCUAUCUAUCUAUCUAUCAUCUAUCUAUCAUCUCUCUCUCUCUCUCUCUCUCUCUCUCUCUCUCUCUGUCUCAUCUAUCUAUCAUCUAUCUAUCUAUCUGUCUAUCUAUCUAUCUAAGAAAUAUUGAGCAGAAGAGAAGGGAAUAAAAAAAUGUUUGAAGUUUCUUGCCUUUGUCUAGAGGAGCAUUUCUAAUGACAUUUUCCUGGCUUUUGCAUGCAAAUUAAACCGAAGAGUAAAAUUAGUGGCUAUAUUUUACAGAUUCCAUUUCCUUGAGCACUUAAAUAGGUUGCAAAUAUUGGCUUGUGUGUUUAACGGACAUGGAUAGUUCUGCACUCUUGACUCAAAUUAAACCCUUUAUAUAUAUAUAUUUUGGGGGGGGUAUUCUUUUGUAAUGUGGCGCCCUGUGCAAGCCCCAAAUUUGGCUGCCCCAAAUGGAUCUUCUCCAUUAUAGAUCUGCACAAUUCUGUGCCCCCUUGGCUGGGCACCCUGUGCGGAGGAACCACCGGCAAGGCCCUAAAUCUGAUUCUGCUCCAUUACUGGCAGUGGCUCUCCAGUCUUAUCUGAAGAUGCCAAUAUUUGAACCCAGGACCAUUUGUGUUCAGAGCGCACACCUGGCCACUGAGCCGUUCCUCGUCUGGGGUGGUGUUGGCGGCCAUAGUGCCCUCAUUUCGGCCUCGCCUCUCGAAUCAGGGCUGGAUAGCAGCUGACCUUCCUCUCCUCUCUGCUUAGGCUCACAGUGCGCGUCGCAUUUUGUGCUACCAUCCGGCUGGCGGUGGUACCUUUGGGGCUGAGCUUCGGCAGCUGCUCUUCGGAGUAUGUGGAAGUCAAAGUAGACCCACUGAUCAAGUAGGUGAUGCUCAGCUUCCUUUCCUUGGCGGGGGGACGGGACAGGCGGGGGUCGGUCGAGCGCCUCUCUUUCCCACAACCAGGGGAAAUGCCCUGAGCCAUCAAAGGUGUGUGAGAUUCCAGCCAAGUCUAUCACCAGAUCUAGGAUAGCAGCAUGUUCCACUGUGAAAGGACGUGUGGGUCCAGAAUUGGCCUCCUCAGUCAUUUACGGGCUCACUCUUAAAACCGUGUUUAUGGAAGACUCGGCUAGGAGGGAUCGCCCAAGAAGAAAGACCCGGGGAGGCAAAGGGCUACAGCUUCCAUGCAGGGGUGGAGUGCAUGAAAAUGCUGCCCAGGUGGGGUGUGCAAGGCGGUGUGGUGCGGAGGGAACCGGCUGCAGCAAUGGGGCAGGGGCUCACUCCCGCUCCCCAGUCCUGGAGAGGGCGCAGCAGUAUUGCAACCCAACCCUAACCCACUUUCUGCCAGAGCUGCUGGGCCGGCCGUGAGGAAGCAGGAUCAGAUCUUCACCCUCCAUGCUCUCCAGCACCCCCUGCUGGCAGGGCACAAGGGGGAUCUCUGCCGGGGGGCUGGUUCAGUUGCAAUUAUGGGAAGCGAUGCAUAAAUGAAAUAACAGAAUAUGAAUAACAACAGAAUAUGAAGAAAGGAAAGAGGAGCAGGAUUCCAAAUAACUUAAUUCCUGCUUUUUUUUUUUUGGUAGUUUGCAGCUGCCAGUAGUGGCGAAAAUCCUGGCCCCUGUGCUGGAUCCUGUGGUAGGUCUCACAGAGCAUUUUAUUUUUCCUCUGCUAGCAGCCCCACAUCACCCGAAGAGGUUCCAAAAAGCAGUAAGCAAAUUCAGUUGAUCGGAGGCCUCUGCCUCUGCAAUGCUCUCUUCAGGGGAAUCUGGUGUCUCUUGUGCAUCUAUGCUUUAUUGUCGUCGUUGUUGUUGUUUAGUCGUGUCCGACUCACAGUGACCCCAUGGACCAGAGCACGCCAGGCACUCCUGUCUUCCACUGCCUCCCUCAUGCUGGUAGCUUUGAGAACACUAUCCAACCAUCUUGUCCUCUGUUGUCCCCUUCUCCUUGUGCCCCCAAUCUUUCCCAACAUCAGGGUCCUUUCCAGGGAGUCUUCUCUUCUCAUGAGGCGGCCAAAGUAUUGGAGUCUCAGCUUCAGGAUCUGUCCUUCCAGUGAGCACUCAGGGCUGAUUUCCUUAAGAAUGGAUCGGUUUGAUCUUCUUGUAGUUCAAGAGUCUCCUCCAGCACCAGAAUUCAAAAGCAUCAAUUUUUCAAUUUAUUUUGAAGAAGUUUGUUAAGUUGUGGGUGAACAUAUCAGAUGACACGGUGAUUCUUCAAACAGCUCUUGCUUAUUCACAGGCCAGAACAGAACUGAACUGAAGGGUUCAGCCAGCCUGCUUAUAUAGAGCUCCACUAGAACGCAACAGUAACCAUUUUCUGUAACUAUCCAAUCACUGAAUGUCACUUUCGAUCCCUUAUUUGCAUAUGUGGACCUGAACUAUCUACAGUAUCCCCGGCUGGCCCAGGGUGAGAACUUCAGUACAUAACAAAGUUUACUCACAUUUCAGUUCACGAUUUGAUCCCUGAAAGGCAGGCUUUAGCUAGUAGUUACAUAACAAUCUGUGAGUUCGUCUCACAUGGAGCUUGAACUCAUGUGCUGCUGACUGAGAGCCAGCAGACAGCAAAAUUACAUUCAGAGAACAAAAUGGCCGCAGUAGAGCAGCACUGCAGUAAGAGAUCAGCAAGCAAGAGAGCAGGUGAAUGUGUGUGAGAGAGAAAGCUUAAGAUGGCUGCGUGACUCGGCUCUUUUAUGGAGUCAGCCAGGGCUGUGCCCAUCUCCCAGGUCACAUGCAGAGGGAGGACACUCCAGACCAGUGGAACAGGAAGUUUGACUGGCUGGACGGUCAUCCCCUGUAUGUCCACUCUAGCAAUACAGGUAAUGUUGUACUUGACUGCUCCAGUGGAUCACAUCCCACAUCUAGGAUGUCCCCAAAAGAGUGGGGCAUGAAGGCACCUGCUUGAUCUCAAGUGGCAGGGAGUUCCAAGUUUCUGACCCACUGGACCUUCUCUUUUUCUGCAGGUUUGUGGCCAAGCCCCGAAGAUGAUCAUAGAGCUGAACAUCGUCCUUGGCCUCCAACUUCGUAAGCGCUAAUGGGGUGCACCGCUGGUUUACUUAAAAGACUCACAAGUCGCUUUGAUAUUUUAAGAAAAUCGCAAAGUAGUACGCAAAAGAAUAGAAUUUCUAAAUGGGCACAAUAAGAUGAUAUUUAGCCAGAAAACUGUACGCCUUCACAGUAACCCAGUGAUGGCCAGACUUGGCCACUGUGGUAACCAAUAACGUAGCUGAACUCUGCUCUGAAAAUGAACGCAAAUGGGUUUUGGCUGACGCAGAGGACACAAAACGGCAUUAGGAAUGAGGUCACCAGGGAGGAGGCUAAAGCUGAUGGUCUGAGGGUCAAAAAUGAAGUCUAGUGUUAAAUAGGUCUUUGGUUCCCAGUCCUGUGAUUCUCCUUUUUUUUGCUUUUGAAGUAGAGGUUUUGAGAGGAAAAAGUUUCAUUUGGAUUUUUGGGGGUGGGGUGAAAGUCCCUAUUCUUCAGAACUCCCUGCCUAUCAAUACCUUGGCUGGUACUUUUUUCAACACCCACUAAAGCCAUUUUUCGCUAGGCAAGCCUACUAUGCAUUUGCUUUUUCAAACUGCUGAUUUUUUGCUUAUAUUUUUACAGGUUUUUUAAAAAAUGCAUUGUUUUUAAAGCUAUUGUUAAUGGAUAUUGCACACCGUUCUAUGUAAAUGGUUAAGAGUUUUUUCCAUUAAAGCAAAGCGUUAUAUCGUUCUUGCAAAAUAAAUAACAGAAUAUGACCCCGGCCCUGCCCACAUUCCACAUGUAAAACAAUAGGAUCACAUUCGCAACCAGAGGUGCCACUGUAUUAGAUAUUUGUUAAAUGGUACAAGUCAUAAAAUGAAUGGGUAUUGGGGAAACAUUGAUAAGGGGGCAAGGUGAAAUUAAGGGAUGCAGUUAGUCUUAAUGUAAAAGAGUUGUGAGAAUCUGAGAAUCAAAAUGUAAUUUAGCGUAUUUAAAAUUUCGAGGGCAUACGUUGCCUAUUUACAGGAGGCUCAUUUAAUGGAACAGGAUAAAUCUUUAUGAAUGAAAGAUUGGGGCGGGGGUAACAGGUAUACGUCACGGAUACUUUGACGAAUGCUAAAGGUGUGGCCAUUUGGUUCAAAAAGCAUUUUUCUUAUGUACUUCUAGCCGAGAGGUUGGUUCCACCUCUCGCCCCCCCCCUUAGUCUCAGUGCUGUCCCUUGCAGAACUCAGCGGGGGGCAAGAUGGAGACCAGACCGCGUUGCCUCUGCCUGACAUUGGCUCUCUGGCGCCACCUACUGCCUGACUCCCGGCCUCCUGCCCCAUCAGUCGCAAGAGCUGCCAGCCAUCCCUGCUUGGGCUACUGUUCUGCUGUGCUUUGUGGUCCAGCUUUGGAAAACUCCCGAUCUUUCUCCCCCAGAGCCAACGCCGUUCUUCACAGGCUGCCAGUACAUCUGCACAAGGCCCUAUCCGCCUCAACUCACCUCCGGCUACUUGGAUUUCCCUUUUGUGGUGAGUGGAUUCAUCUUCUAGGAUGCUUGUUACAGGCUCAGAGGGGGUCAGUCUGAAUAAUGGAUGCAGGGAGGGAGGGCUAGAAUUAGGGCCGGGCGAUAUUUCAAGAUUGUGAUAUAUCACCAGCUAAACAUUGCAAUAUACUGAUAAAUCACUAUGCCUGAAAUAAGGAUCAGGCUAUGUACAGGCAUACGUGGGUGGCGCUGUGGGUUAAACCACAGAGCCUAGGACUUGCCGAUCGGAAGGUCGGCGGUUUGAAUCCCUGCAACGGGGUGAGCUCCCGUUGCUCGGUCCCUGCUCCUGCCAACCUAGCAGUUCGAAAGCACGUCAAAGUGCAAGUAGAUAAAUAGGUACCACUCCGGCGGGAAGGUAAAUGGUGUUUCCGUGCGCUGCUCUGGUUCGCCAAAAGCGGCUUAGUCAUGCUGGCCACAUGACCCGGAAGCUGUAUGCUGGCUCCCUCGGCCAAUAAAGCGAGAUGAGCGCUGCAACCCCAGAGUCGGCCACGACUGGACUGCAGCGAACGGAAACGGAGGAUUCGAACCGCCGACCUUCGGAACCGUCACGGGGAUUUGAACCGCCGACCUUCGGAUCGGCAAGUUUGCAAGGAGAGAUUCCCUUGAUUAGACGCUGGCCGGUGAAGGGACUGACCCAUAGCUUUCAACUUUCCCCCUUUCUUGCGAGGAAUCCUAUUCGGAAUAAGGGAAUUUCCCUUAAAAAAAGGGAAACGUUGAUAGCUAUGGACUGACUAGUCCACCAGGGGGCUGCAACACUUGCCCUAUCCCGGGUGCCAGCAACCCAUGCUAUGCCCCGGCCACAAGGGUUAUCUAGUUCAACCGGCUGCAGCGCAGGAGUCUCAGCUUGCUGCUCUCUGGGCUGGCAGUUCCUUUAGCAGUUGGCGCUCUGACCUUCCCACCUGCUUUCUGAAUGGCCGCUGGACCUGCCUUGAGUCCAUCACCACAGGAGCGAGAGCAGACUCAGCUGACGCCUGCAGUUGAGGAUCCAGCACAGGUGAGGACCCUUCAGGCUCAUGCUCCAUCCCCGGCUCAUCUGAUUGUGGAGGUGGGGAAUCCUGUGCAGGCUGGGAUCCCUCAGGUUCAGCCUCCGAGUCCGAAUCCGAAUCCCAGGCCAUCACAGCGACUGCAGUUGGGUCCCACUGAAUUUCCCCCCUCUUGUUCUCCUUGCAGCCUCAAAUGUCCUGCGGAGGAGCUGUGGUUCCCUGGCCCAACUAUCCCAUCUACUACCCGCCAGCCACCCUCGUCCCUGACGGACACAUCUGUUAUUUUUUGAACGAAGCUGACACAGGCCACAUCUUUUCAACUUUGAGGGCAAGAGGAUUGUUCAACCUUGAGCUCACCGUGGUGAGUUCUGCACAGUGAGGGCCCUUUCCCUGGGCAAUUGACAACAAGCUGGAGGCAGUGGUCACCAAUUUUUUUUGGGGGGAGCACUGCCCCCUUGUUUCCAUAAGCUCACCCCCAGUGCCCCCUAACUUUACCCUAUUAAAAAAAAGCAUCAUUCAGAGCAGCGGUUUGUACAACCUGCCCAGGAAGAGAAUAACACAAUAAAAUCCAAACCAGUAACAAUUAAUUGCACAUUUAUCCACAAUCCAAUUUAUUUGUUCGUUUAGCUUAAUUAAUGCAGCUGAGGUGAUCAACUUGAUCCAGGGCUACCAGCUUUUCAAAGUCUGGAAGUCAUUGACACCUCCAGUGCCCUUUUGCCCCUUUGCCUCUUAGUGCCCCCCCAAGAUGAUUCUACCACCUUUAGGAAGCAGUGAAUCAGAGGGUCAACACCAGAGAUAUUUUUGCCCCGCUCAGUGAAAUAUGAAGCCUGUGCAAAGAUGGCAGCUUGAUCUGAUUCAGCUGAAGCCCUGGGAUUCAGAGCUUCAGGGGCCAGUUUGUUCAUCUGGGCAAUUAAUAUUCUGCUUCAUACUGCUUAAAGUAAGGAUAGUAGGAAAGGCUAUAUUGAUUAAGUAUUAUACUUCCUUCCCUUCAAUAUAGCAGGAAGUUACUUUGCAGAUUUGUUUGAAUCUCUUUAGUUAAGUGAAAUAUACUUGGAGUCAAGAGUGGAUUUCAUGCUCUUUAUUCAUCUCAUAGUGGUGAGGAGGAAUGGAAUGAAUGUCUGCUUUAUAUACAUUAUUUACACAAUGGGCCCCACGUGAUUGGCUAAUUUUGGGAUUCUCCUAUAGGCCAAUCAGGUUGCAGAUUCACUUCCACCUGGAGCUGGAUUGGGUGGCUCCUGUGAACCAAUCAGACUGCUGCAUUCUGAAUCCUAUUGUUCUAGGACCAAUCAGACUGCUGCAUUUUGGAUCCUAUUCAGCUCAGUACAUAACAUUAAGUAAUCCAAUUUGGCUUGCCCAGAGGGAUUAUUCCUGGUGUCACACUUCUUCAGAUACACUGAAACAGAAGUCACCAGACCCUUAUAUAUAGUGGGAGGGUGGGGGUUUUAUCAGAAGGGUAGUGGGAGAUGGGUGAUUGACUCAAUGGGUAUGGUAAACCUGUUGAUGACUGUUAACAACUGCAAUUAGUCCUACUGGAAAAAGCAAGGGAUAGUAUGCAGAUGACCCCACCCUCCCACUAUAUAUAAGCGUCUGGUGACUUCUGUUUCAGUGUAUCUGAAGAAGUGUGCAUGCACGUGAAAGCUUAUUCCCAGAAAAAACUUAGUUGGUCUCUAAGGUGCUACUGUAGAAUUUUUAAAUUUAUUUUGAAGAUGUUUACUCACAUUUCAGUUCACGAUGUGAUCCCUGAAAGGCAGGCUUUGGCUAGUACAGUCAUACCUCGGGUUGAAAUAGCUUUUGGAUAAGUAUUUUCGGGUUGUGCGCUACGGCGACCCAGAAAUAACGGAGCGCGUUACUUCCGGGUUUCGCCGCUCGCGCAUGCGCAGACUGUCAAAAUUACAUUGUGUGCAUGUGCAGAAGCGGCGAAUGGUGACCCACGUGCGCGCAGAUGCACGGACGCAGGUUGCGUUCGCUUCUGGAUGCGUACGGGGCUCCAGAACGGAUCCCGUUCGCAUCCAGAGUUACCACUGUAGUUACAUAAGAAUCUGUGAGUUCGUCUCACAUGGAGAUUGAGCUCAUGUGCUGCUGGCUAAGAGCCAGCAGACAGCAAAAUUACAUUCAGAGAACAAAAUGGCCGCAGUAGAGCAGCACUGCAGUAAGAGAUCAGCAAGCGAGAGAGCAGGUGAAUGUGUGAGAGAGAGAAAGCUUAAGAUGGCUGCGUGAUUCGGCUCUUUUAUGGAGUCAGCCAGGGCUGUGCCCAUCUCCCAGGUCACACGCAGAGGGAGGACGCUCCAGACCAGUGGAACAGGAAGCUUGACUGGCUGGGGUAACAUCCCCCUGUCUGUGUCCACUCUAGGGAUUGUUUAAUUUGACUGCUCCAAUGGAUUACUUCCCACACAAACAUUCUCCGUUUUUCACAUCUGGAUCUCAAAGCAGAUGUUAUUUUUUAAAAAAUGGGGGAAUAUACAGAAAGGAACAACUACAAUUAAAACCCCACAUUUUAAAAACCCCAGAACAAUUAGCCACGAUCCCCUUAGGGCAGUUCUACACUUGCCAUUGAUAACGUUAAAAAUGUGUUAUUAAAAUGUGACACCAGAGGGUGCUGCAGAGCAGAGAGCCACCGACAAUGGGAAACUGCCAUUCAGCGUUCUAAACGUUAUUAAAAAAUAACGUUCUGUAAGAUCAAUGUAGAUCCAGCCCCUGCCAUAAAUAUAAGGGUAGUAUCCGGUGCCAUUUGCAACAGGACACCCGUUUCUUCUUCUCCUCUCUGUGGCUUUGCACAACCUCAAGCCUCAGUUUAAGUAUCCAGGGAGACAUCCUUUCAGACAGCGUGUCUCCUUUCCCCCCCAAUUUUUUUUAUUGAUUUUCCAAAUUUAUAACAAACAUAAACAGAAAAGAAAAAAAUACAUAUAAAAAACCAAACAAACAGACAAACAUUCAUCCUAACUAUUAUACUCCCACUUUUAUUACCAUUGUUAGUUGACUUCUUCAAAUCCCUCUAGCUGAUUUUCCAUAUAUUUCAUUACAGCAGUUUUCCAAUACUAAUUUCCAAUAAGAUUAACUUAAUCAAUUAACAUCUUUCUUUCUUAUCAUAUUCUAUCCAUAGUGUCAUAUUCUAUCCAUCAUAUUCUAUCCAUAGUGUCAUACAAUUUAAAACAUUUAACUCCCAAGCCAAUUUGGUACUCACAAAUAUUACUACUUAUAUUAUCUUAGAAUAUUUUACUAAAUAAUCCUUAAACUUCUUUUAAUUUAAGAAAUCUCCUGGUUGACUCUUUGAACAGAGCCCAGCAUUGGGGGGGGGGGGGGAGACCAUGGCAGAACAUUAUAAUCAAGAUGUAUUUUCUUUCCACAGUCGACUGUGACCACCACUUUAAUCAUGAGCCACAUCCCUGAGGUACGUGAUUCUCCUUGGCUGUGUGUCAGGGGACGGGGAGAUUUUCAGAGAUUUGUUCAUGGGCCAGCAGGGUGGAUAAAUGGCUUCUUGACUCCCCUGCGUGUGAGCGACGGACACAUUUUGGGAGCGAUAUCGACCACUUUGGAAACACCCCUCAACAAGUUCAGGACAACGAUACCCUUUUCCUCUCCCCAGGGGAAGCUCUGGAAACCAGCCUUGCAAGUUUGCAGCUUGGUUCAGCUGAUGCUGCGCAGCGGGAACCGAUUGGCUAGCGCUUGUGUUGUCGCCAGCACAUCUCUCCGCUCUGUCUAUGGAGCAGUUUUGCAGCUGUUUUCAGGGGCUUCAAUGGGGACAGGAAGGACUGCCAGCUGAAUCAGGAUUUGCUGGUCUGUCACACAAACUGUGAAGCCAGCUCCGACUGAAAGUGAAGAAUCCUCUGGGCUGGCUUUUUCAAAAGCAUUUUAUUGUUUUCCCACGUAAGAGAAACACAAUUUAAAAUACGAUAAACAGCAGCAGCUUAUAGCUGGAAUCGCUGCUUAGAACAAGUUUGUGAUGCAUAUUGAAAUCUCUCCGAUAAGUCUCUCCAGAUGUUUCUGUGGGUCUGGGGAGGUUGUCUCGGUUGAUUGUCCCAUCUCAUAUGGUGAGAUAUUGCCUCUGGCCUCCCUGAGCUGGCAGGUCAGUUUCUCGACCAGAGCAACAGGGCCACACCUGAGCAUGCCACGAAUCUUAUCGACAGGCCUGCUGCAGAAAACCAAUGUUUAGCAAUUUCUAAACAAAAACGCCAGCAUCUCCUGGUGAGAUAAGUUGAUUUCAUAGAAUUAUAGAGUGGUGGAGUUAGAAGGGACACCCAGGGUCAUUGUAUAUUAUUGAAAUUGUAUAUUAUGUCCUACAUCUUGCGCCCAUUUAAUCAGUACUGAUUUUACUUCUUCAUCUUUGGUCUCCCAUUCCAAAAGGAUAUUAUAUGCCUUUUAAAAAUAAUUUUGUGUUUUCUUCUAUCACUUUAUCAAAUUAGAGCAAAUUAUAUAGCCAAGGUAGCCACCAACUGUAAAGGAGAUGAAUUUAUUUGACCCUAUCUACAUCAAGCUAUAUUCUAUCUUUAUCACCAAACUCCGAAUAUAAUUGCACAUUGUAUUAAUUAACAUUAUUUUUAAUAUAUUAGUGGCCAUGUGAUAAUCUUAGCUUACAAAUUUUAUUGUUUAAUGUCUUAAUUUGUAUAGUAAGGUACUUUUAUAGCUCUGUAUAGAGUAGGUAAUGUCUUGAUAAUAUAAAUGUUUUAAGUAUCAAUUCAGUAUAUUUUCUUUUAAUUGUUGAAUGAUUCUGUGUACAUUGCGGCAGCCUUUGGCUAUGUGCAAUAAAACUGACUGACUGACUGACUGACAGCUCCUUAAAUACCAAAUUGGUCUUCCCUCUAAAAGAUAACUUCCAUAACACCUUACGUUAAAAACCUGACAGUACCAAAUGAUCGAAGGUUAUUCUCCAAAGCCAGACUAAACGUCUUUCCUUCUGCAGUGUUGGAUGGCAGGUUGAGAGGAGUUCGAUUCUAUAAAACAUAUUUUGCUGCACUGUGCAAAAUAUGAGCAAGCCAGGGCUGAAUUGAUAUUACCCUUGCUGGUACCUUUCCCGGGAAAAUCAGAGGCUCGCUAUGUCAGGUUCCUAUUGGAAGACCGGACAAAUGCUAGAACAUUCGCCGUGGCAAAGUUUUUAUUGGUGGUUGCAAGAACCAAUGAUCCCUAUCUUUAAGUUGGAACAAAAUGCUUGUUUAACCUGGUGGUAGGCUGUCUGAAUUGUGCUUUGCUUUGUAACGAUUUGUUGGGUCUCUGGACCGUAAUAAAGAUUGAAUGAUUGAUAACUUCCACCCCACUGGUGACGUGCGCCAGAGCCAGGAUAGAUGAUCCUGAGAGAUCACAUCUACCCUCUUCUCCCACAGAUUGACUGUCCAGCGGAUCUUUCUUCUUUGCUGAAGUUCUCGUGCACAAGCAUCACCAUCCAGUUUACUGCUAACGCUGUCAUUCUUGAUGCUGUCCUGCUUAUCAAUAUUGGCUAUUUCCAGUCAGAGUUUGUUCGCCUCCUUCAACUCACAGCGGUAAGUCUAAACACCGGGCAAAUUACCCUUCAGGAGCCCAGAAUCAGGGGUGGAAUUUUCUGAAAACCUCAAUGAAGAUUUUAUCUACACCUAUUUCCCUCCCCAAUUCUUGUUUUGCUCCUUGGUCUCAACAAGAAGUGCGUCUCCCCCGAUCUCCCCACCCUGCUGUACUGAAAAGAUGAACUAUUAGGAACACAUGCUCUCUAGGUUCCUAAAAGCAACCAGCACGCAGCUAUAAAUGAAAGGCAAUAAAUUGGUGAAAGACGAGCCACUCCUCUGUGCAACCUGAGCUUCGCGUUUAAUUUUGCACAUGCUUAUUUCAGUUUAAAAGAAACGUGCAGUGUCUUAGCGCCAGUGGCUGUUUGAUACAAGACUCCAUCUGAUGUGAGCAAAACUGGAUGUAAUCGGAGCUGUCUAAGUCUCUUAAAAAACGGAUUGCUCUUUUUUUUUUUUUUAAAAAAAAUAUUUUUUAUUUGGAAUUUUAACAAUUAAUCAAAAAUACAUCAUCUUCAUCCCCCCAUUUUCCCCUCCCCCCUCCCCUAGAAAGAACCUCCCCCAGCCCACCCCCAGACUUCCCUCAGCUCCUCUCUCUGCUUUCUCAGCACAUAUUAUUCUCUGCAUGUUAUCGAGUUGUAAAGAUCCUCAAUUUAUCUAUCAGUAUAUUACUGAUAAAGAGUUUGUGAAUGUUUAUUCCGAACCUGCCAAGGAGUCCAGUUCAUUUUGUUGUUUCUUUAAGUACUUCGUAAAAGGUUCCCAUUCUUCUUUAAAGUCACAGUUGUCCUUCUCACGUAGUUUGUGUGUCAAUUUUGCAAAUUCCACACAAUCCACCAGUUUCUCUUGCCACUGUUCUUUAGUCUGGAUUUCCUCAUUCUUCCAUCCUAAAAACCCCCGGAUUGCUCUCCCCUGGCCAACGGUUCGACUCUGAUGCCCUUUGCAUCCCAAUUUCAGAGAGUGAGAAUAAUUCUCCACCCGGCCAUUGACUGCCAAAGAGGACUGCUGGUGUUGUCGGUGGUUGUAAUAAGGUAAUGCAUGCAAGGACCCGUCCCCUGGUUUGGAUUAGAUCCCUUGGGACCGUGGAUGGAGGCCCUCGUGGGCAGCUGUGGUGGGCUUGGGGCAGAGAGCAUUGUUUGUGGGCACCUGUGACGCUUCUUCCUCCCUGCACACAACUCACACUUCCUGCCACCCGACUUUUCCUGGCUCUGGAAAGGUCUCCAGAUCAAUACGUGUUGAAGAGGCCUGUCUCAGAAAGCAGGGAUGCAGGGCUGAGGCUGUGAAUGCAAGGAAGGUAAGAGGCCCUAUAGAUUGAAAGUUGCAAAGAGACCUGGGGCUGGCUUGGGAUUGAAAGUUGGGGAAUGGAUGGGGAGGGGAUGGGUGGCUCUGCCUCGCAUCACAGCGGCUCAUUCCUCUCUCCCCAGCGACCUCCAGAUUACAGCUGCUUGCAGCGGAAGCUCUUGCACAGUUGAUGUAAGUAUCAGGUGAUUUAAUGGGGGCAGUGAGGCUUAUGGAUGGAGCUGACCUUUUUUGACUUCCAUCAAUCACAUAUGAAAAUUUUCCAAAUCUGUUUACUUGGUUGACAUUUCUUAUUUUCAUUAUUACAUUUAAAUCUCAUAACUAAUGUCUCUCUUCUUACUCCUCUUUGCAAUAUUUCAUAUAUUCCUCCGUACAAAACUUCUAGUAGUCCUACUAGCGUAAUUUGUUGAUUACAGUUGCUCUUCAAAUAGUUCGUAUUCUUCUUCCAAUCUCUGAUCCCGCCGGUUUCGAAUCCUUCCUGUCAUUUUAUCCAAUUCUGCAUAGUCCAUUAAUUUUGUCUGCCAUUCUUCUUUCAUUGGUAUUCUUGCUUCCAUUUCUGAGCCAACAAUACUCUUGCCUCGACCGCACAGAUUUUAAACCGAUUGACACAUCUCUUCCCUCUCUCUAGGGAAUUGUGGGCCCUGUGGUUUUGAGGGUGGCAGGGACCUCUAGCAGAGACCCCCCAGCCUUGACACCCAACUAUAAUUCCCAUGAUUCCUCGAGGGGAAGCCAUGACAGAGUGGAACUGGUGCUGAAGCGAUGCUGGUUGCCCGCCUUGCAUCUUGCAGUUUCUGGGCUCGAUGGUUCUCCCCCUGCUAUCUGGUCUUCCUUGGGGUCUUCACGCCUCUAAAAUUACUAGCAUUUGCCAAAGCCCUCCAACUCUCGAUCUGUGCCAUUCAGGGUUCUGACCAGUAUACCUGAAGGAGCGUCUCCACCCCCAUCGUUCUGCCUGGACACUGAGGUCCAGCGCUGAGGGCCUUCUGGCGGUUCCCUCCCUGCGAGAAGCAAAGCUACAGGGAACCAGGCAGAGGGCCUUCUCGGUGGUGGCACCUGCCCUGUGGAACGCCCUGCCAUCAGAUGUCAAAGAGAUAUACAACUACCUGACAUUUAGAAAACAUCUGAAGGCAGUCCUGUUUAGGGAAGUUUUUAAUGUGUGACAUUGUAAUGUUUCUUAAUCUUUGUUGGAAGCCGCACAGAGUGGCUGGGGAAACCCAGACAGAUGGGCGGGGUACAAAUAAUAUAUUAUUAUUAUUAUUAUUAUUAUUAUUAUUAUUAUCCAACACACCCUGAUAGAAGUGCUACUUACCUACCUUUCCCCCAGUCUCCUUCCAGUUGCUUUGAAAGGGACCCCAAAGCAAGUGCAAAGGCAGGAAAUGUGCGAUGCCUCAGAAGGUGGCCCCAUUCUCCUUCAUUUGGAGGCUGCAUGGCCAUGCGUCAUGGAUUCUUUAGACGUGGUUCCUGCACUGCAGCGGGUUGGACUACGUGACCCUCGGGGACCCCUUCGAAGUCCACAGCUCCAUGAUUCCCAUCUGCCUCUCUCUUGACGCGUGGAGGGUUUUCUUUUCGCAGGGCUCCGUGAUAGAGGAACUGUUUCCGAUAAGGACACACUGCCAGGACUUAUUCAACGGUGAGUGUUGCUCAGGGGCGCGUUUUGCUGACACGGCUGGUGAGAUUUGCACUGGCUCAAGCAUCUCCUUCCGACUUCGCCACAGCGAAAUCUAGGGGAUGGUCGCUUUAAAGGUUCCAGCAUUCGGGGACCCUUGACAUGAAUGUCAGCGGCCCCCCAAUCCUCACUUGCCCCCCAAUGGAAAACCUUGGGAGACUGGCAACUUCCGUGUGGGUAAAAAAAUAAAUAAAAAGCGUGGCAGAAAAAAUAACUGAAAUAUUAUGUGUUGCCAAAGGCUUGGAAGACUCUGAGAAACCCAAGCUGCUUGGUGGGACUUUAUCUGCAUCAAAUGAGGCCGGACUUCCUCUCUGCAGUAUAUAGUGGAGAGAAGAAUUGGGUGCACUCUUCCCACCUUGGAUCAAAUCUACACUUCCAGGUGCUAUAAGAAAGCUGCAGAGAUAGCGCAGGAUAGUGCGCACCCCGGAAAUGAUCUCUUUCAGCUUCUGCCUUCUGGAAGAAGGUCCAGGGUUAUAAAGACUAGGACUAGCCGCCUGAGAAACAGUUUCUACACAAAUGCAAUUCUGAUUCUAAACACAGCAUAAGGGGUCUCUAUACUAUAUUGUAUUUUAAAAUGGGGUUUCAGAGUUUUUAGGGGUUUUUGAAUGUCUUGUAGUUUGUCAGUUUCAUUGUUCUGUAUGGGACAAUGACAAUAAAUAUAUUGUAUCGUAUCGUAUCGUAAGUGCUCCAAGGCGAAAAUGCCAGAGGUAUCAGUCUUUGGCUCUUGCGAUGUGGGCACAGCCAUAACUGCAUGAUCAUUUUUUUAUUCCCCGUCUUCUCCUGCAGAGAGCCUGAAAGGCGGAAUCCCCUGGCCUUUCCCCAUAAACUGUGCCUGUUCCUCCUGCCGUGACGUCAUCGUUGUCCCGGUGAGAAGAGAGACUUUAAACUGUAUGCCAGUGUUGGGUGGGAGUGCCUAAAUCUGUGUUUGGGGAGAGAAUGGGGGACGUAAGAAAUGGGGGAAUUGGGAAAUAAUGCGGGGGGGCGGGCACUGUGUUCCAUAAUCCCUCUUAUGUAUUCGUAAGAACUUGAUCAUUUAGUGUGGCAGCAGCUACCCUUUGGAACUCCCUGCAUCUUGAUGUUGAGCUUAGAAACGCUUGUGUGAAUUUUAUUCUGUUCUGGUAUUUUAACUCCAGCUCUGGAGGCAGAUCAGAGCCAUUCUGGCUAGUAGCCAUGAGAACGGGGGGAGUCUGGGGUGAGGAAGGUCUUCCUUUUGGCUAUAGCUUGACUUCCACCAAGGAUCUCUUUAGCUGCCCCUGGCAGGCUCCCUCUGCAACCCAUCCCGCUUUUCACUUCCCAUAGUAAAGUUUCAUUUCAUUUAUCUCCCUCCUACUGUCUCCCGAGGGAUGCGGGUGGCGCUGUGGGUUAAACCACAGAGCCUAGGACUUGCUGAUCAGAAAUCCCCAUGAUGGGGUGAGCUCCCGUUGCUCGUUCCCUGCUCCUGCCAACCUAGCAGUUCGAAAGCACACCAGCACAAGUAGAUCAAUAGGUACCUCUCCGGUAAGGUAAACGGCGUUUCCGUGCGCUGCUCUGGUUCGUCAGGAUUUAUUGUUGGCCAGGAUUUCUUCCAUUGCUACCUCCCCCCCCAUGCCCCCGUUCAUUCCUAAAGGGCCUGUGCAGGAGAACUUCCCAAAGGAAUUGUUCCCCGAGUUUAUUAUUUCAUAAAAGUUACACACCCCCUUUGAUUGGGAAAAACCUCGAGGGGCCUUGCAAUAAAGAGAAAAGAAAAUGUGUACAAGGUAUUUGUAACAAUGCAAGAAAUAUAAUUGUACAAGGAAAAUGUAUACGGAGAGUUUAAUUACUGAAACAGACUAAAAGUCCCGUCAACUUUCUAAGCACCUGGACGGGCUUGUCUAAACAAGAAUGUUUUUAGCAGGUGCCAAAAUGUGUACUGCAAAGGUGCCACUUUGAUGUCCAUAGGCAGGGAGUUCCAAAGUGUGGAUGCUGCCACACUAAAUGAUGGAGUUCUUACAAAGGCGACACGGGUGUUAACGUAAUGCAGUGGCCCCAAUUCCCCUUCCCCGGAGUGCAUGUGUCCACUGUUUGGCUUUUCUGCCUCAGGUGCCAGAAUUUACAGGGGCCUGAGUUGAAGAGGGUGGAAUCCAGUGGCGAAAUGGGAGGUUCAUCAUUCUCACCCAAUCUCUCCUGGCCCUUUUUUUUAAAACAGAAAUUUGCCAUGUGGUGCUGCAACCUGAACUACCUGCCCUGAUAACCUCGGGUGGCUGGAGAAGACCCUUCGACGGAAGCCAGAGCGGUCCCUUUGCUUCGCUCAGAAGGGGGAAAGGGGGAGAAACCGGGGUGGUUGAUUUCUCUAUGUUCUCUGUAGUGGGAUGGGGUCAAUCAUGCACAGGGGUGUAUCUUCAAUUGUGCGCAUCUUUAGAUCUUGCAAUCAGGGCUUUUUUCAGCUGGAACUCACUUGGGUGCCAUUCUAAGAGAGCAAGGGAGGCGUUUGUGGUGAAUUCUGGCACCUAUUUUUCUAGAAAAAUAGCAGUGCUUAUUCUGCUGAAGGGCAGUUUUCAG